AUGACAUCUGAUCACAUCUGGACGUGUACAGGUUGUUUCACCUCGGCUGUAGACUGCACCCGUCUGUCACACCCGUCUGCCACACCCGUCUGUCACACGCAUCUACCAGAGCCGUCGACAACACCCUUCUACCAGAGCCGUCUACAACACCCGUCUACCACACCUGUCUCAGCUCUAGUCUAUGGUACCUUUGCCGCGGCUGCACACUGUACCUGUCUCGCUCUUGCCAGUGGGGAGGUGUCUGCACGCUCAGUCACUGCAGUAGCAUACAAGAUGAAGAUUACAGACCUCGAGGAUGCUGCUGUGGUGCACUGCACCAUCAUAUAUCAGUAG